UGCAUUUUCUAGCUGUGACCUGGAUUCAGUAUAAUUUAUUAGUCUGUUUCUUUGAAACAGGAUGGCUCAUGCUGUCCCUCUCCCCAUACCUUGUCCAGUCCAGCUUGGUACUAUAAAAAAUGAUUCAUUGGAAGCUCAACUGCACGAAUAUGUUAAACAAGGAAACUAUGUUAAAGUGAAAAAAAUCCUGAAAAAAGGUAUUUGUGUUGACACAAUUAACUCUUUGGGCCAGACUGCUCUGUUUACUGCUGCAUUGCUAGGUCUUGGUAAACUAGUAAGUGUGCUCUUGGAUUAUGGAUCAGACCCAAAUCACCGCUGUUAUGAUGGGAGCACCCCAGUACAUGCUGCAGCAUUCUCAGGAAAUCAGUGGAUUCUCAGUAAAUUGUUGGAUGCAGGAGGUGAUCUGCGAGUACAUGAUAAAAAUGGAAGAAAUCCACAGUGCUGGGCUAUGUCAGCUGGAAAGGAUAGUAGUGCUCAGAUGUUAGAAUUUAUACGGCGUUGUGCAUCACACAUGCAGGCUGCAAUUCAGAAUUUCCCCUCUGAUUUACUUAGGAAGGUUGGUUCAUCAAAAGUACUGGUCUGCAACCCAUCUAGAUUUAGUGGCAUUACUCAAGGAAAUGCCAACAGUCCUCUGACUAGACUUCUAAAAGGUGGAGCAAAUUCAUCAAGAAACAUCUACAGUUUUGGCUUUGGGAAGUUUUAUCUAACAGGGCGUAGGCAGCUAGGGUACCUGGCAUCUCUCCCUAUCAUUUGGGAUAAAGAAGUAGUUCAGGCAGAUGAUGAGCCAACAUUCUCUUUCCACACUGGACCGUACAUGAUCAUGACAAAUUUAAUGUGGGGCAGCAGCAGAGUCACAGUGAAGGAGCUCAGCCUUAAACCACAUCAGAACUGUAGUAAGCUACGUUUAGCUGAUCUUCUAAUAGCAGAACAGGAAUAUAGCAGUAAACUUCGUCAUCCUCAUUUGCUGCAAUUGAUGGCAGUUUGUCUGUCCAAUGAUCUGGAAAAAACCCGUUUGGUGUAUGAGAGAGUUAACUUUGGUUCACUAUAUAGCAUCCUUCAUGAAAGGGUUUAUGUCAAGAAGUGA